GAGGGAUUCCACAGAAUUUGCUCAUAGAUUGUGUUUUGCAAUAGGCCUACAGUACCUUUGGAAGCCUCUACAUUUUUGUUUCGUUGGGUUUAGCAAAUGCAUUUUGUUUCUUUUGCAGCAGAAAUUCAGUAAAAAAAAAAUGAAUGACCCAUAUCAGAGUAGCUUAAUGGAAUGUACGGUUUAUGAAAAAUAAGACGGAGAAUUGCUGCAGUAAAGGCUUCAUUUGCAAAAGGGACAUUACUGCAAGAUAACAGAAAUACGCUGCCAUUUACAGUACUUCAUCAGUUACCCUAUCUACACAGACGGAUGGUGUGCUAACUGUGUCAAGAGUUUCGGAAAUGUGUUAAAAGUAUUGAAAAAAUGGUCAUAGCAAUUGUAAAAAACUGUAAUCCGUAAUGUAAGGGAUUCAGAUGGCUGAGCGGUUAAGGAAUCGGGCUACUAACCAGACGGUUGCCAGUUCCCAGCUUUGCAAAAAUGACGAUGUGUCCUUGGGCAAGCACUUCACUUGCCUCGGGGAAUGUCCCUGUAGCCUACUUACUGUAGGUCGCUCUGGAUAAGAGCGUCUGUUAAAUGACUAAAUGUAAUGUAAAUUGACACCUUUGACAAAAUUGCUUUCGUGAGCAUUACAACGACAUUACAACGCCCAAUGACAAUAGACUUCCCAAGUUGUUACAGCCCAUCUUAGUCUCCUGGAGUGACGCAUAUACACGUUUCAUUUAAAAAUGUUGACAAAAGUAAGAGUCAUCUCCGUCUGUGGUCGUCAUCAGUUGGAAAUCCCACUCUGCAUUUCAGUAUAAGUAGGAAGCCUAAUAUCAUCCAAAUGGCAGUUAAGAAUCAAGCUUUAAUAUCUUUACAUUAUACUGACACGGAAUGAAAUCGCUUUUGAUUGUAGCUCUGCAGUGCUGUGUAGCUGCCCUGGUGUGUGCUGCGCCUGUCCAUCUUCCUGAUGACGCAGACUUCGAACAGACGCUGGAGCAAGCACAGGGCUUGGUUGAGAAGAUCCUUCGCAGCAUUCCUUCGGUCCAAAAGGACCAGACCCUUGACCCCUCCAGCCAGACUGGGGACCUGCAACUGAUGGUGAAAACUCUGGGCAUCCCUCCGGCCCCUACCUUCAAAGCCAUAUCAACACACUUCACCCUGGAGGUGUGUCUGCAGCGCAUGAGCCUGGGUCUGCAGCUGCACCACAGCCUGCUGGGAGCUCUGACACCAGCCUCCAGCAGCGCCACCAAGCACCUGCAGGCAGACCUCAGAGACCUGCAGGCCCUGGUCAACAAGAUGCAGGGCCAGUCCCAGCUGAGCGUUACCCCAAAGUCUGAGGAGCCAGGCUUCACGCUCAACAUCUCAGGAAGCUACGAGGUCCAGGUGGCCACUCACCUGGCCCUGCUGCAGCUACGCACCUUCAGCCACGACCUGGUCCGAAGCCUGAGGAACAUACGCACCACUCUGCCUGGGACCCAGGGGUGAGGAACAUACACACCUCUCUACCUGGGACCCAGGGGUGAGGAACAGCCACGCCUCUCUACCUGGGACCCAGGGGUGAGGACAGCCACGCCUCUCUGCCUGGGACCUGGGAAGGAAGCCGACCAGCGAGCAGGCUCAGAUCCCCAGGAAGCAGAGGCUGGAGAGUGGUUGGGUUCUCUCUGCGGUGGCGGGUACAGAGCUAAGGUCUGGCUGAGUGGAGGACUAACAGCGCACAACACAUGAAAACAACAUUUUUUCCUUGUCUCUCCAGUUUGAGCUUGUUUCUCUGCUCCCCUCUCCCCACACCCUUUUUCCUGGAAAGCGUUAUAUGGCUUUGAGUUCAUUAGAACACGUUAUAACCCUUUAUUUAACCAGUGCAGCCCCGUUGAUAUGAAUAAUUUCCUUUUCAAUGGAGCCCUGGUCAGUGUCAAAUCUGACAGUUGCUGACUGAAUCUCAAAAUGAAAGCACAAUCACAUUUCAAAAGAGAAAUUUCUAGGAGUCAGUUUCAUAACCACGGUAAAUCCGAAACAUUGACGUGCGCCUCAAUUGUUUCAAUUUGGAUUUGAAAGCAUUUAAUAGGAUUCAUUCAUUGAGUUGUCAUUAUGUGGCGGUGUCCAUGUCAACGGUGCAGAAUAGACAACUGCUCCUUUUUCCGUUUUCUGUCGGAGCACACGGAAAGCAGGAUGGGAAUAUAAAGCAAGUCCCCACCUGUCUGUCAGCAGAUUCCCCUUUUGUAACUUUUGUCUUUCAGUUCCAGAGAAACUCAGGAAUGUUGAAAGUCCCUCCUGGUUGAUGGGUUCUCACACUGAAUGUCUUUUUAAUUUAUGAUGUUGUAUUUAUACUAUUUAUUAAGUUAUUAGGUUAUUUAUGAAUGAUUUAUUUGGUAUGAUUAUUUGUACUUGUCUUUGGAAUCGGUUCAGGAAUCCUCAUGUUUGCAAUUUUAACUUAUUGUGCGUUUCUCUGAAGUAUGAAUGUAUUUAUUAAUAAGACUUUUACACAGACAGAAGGAUGAGAGUGAACCUCUGUGAUGACAGUGUUUAGUUGUGCACAAGUGCCUUUACCUCGUCUUAUGUAGGAGUAACGUAGCAAGGCACUGGGACUGCCUGUUUCCCAAAAGUCCUUGUUUUAAAGGGAAACCGUUUUUUAUUGUUUGUUUUACAUUGACAAUUGCAUUGAGUAAACGCAAUGGGAAAUGGCUUUCUGUAUUUCUGUAAGUCAUCACUAUACAUUACACAUAUGAUUGUAUUUCUAAAGCCUAUUUAUAUGAAAUGUAUUUAUUUUUUAUGAAAAAAAUGUUUAUGCUAUGCCGCCUCCCAAAAAUGUUGUGAAUGUAAAACAAUACUGCAGAAAUGUAUUUCCCCAUGUAAUUUAUGUAAUGUUCCAGACAAUUUCAAUACAUGAAAAAUAAAUAAAUGAUUUACUGUCGAAAA